AAACAGACGGACGGAGCCAUGCUGUUUAGUUUCGCAGCCUACAUCUCAAUGCUAGAACUGCAUUCGUAGAAGAACGACGCGAUAGAUUUUUCUUCACCCACGCAUAGGCAAACAGCCACACAUUCAUCCAUUCACGCAGAUACAUCUAUAAUAUUAUAUACAUCUCUCUUUUAUAUACACACCUCAUACAUAAAUAUAUAUAUAUAUAUACAUACAGAGUUAGGUUGCUUAGUUUCGAAGUCUGCCUUGCAAAUCUCCGUCCCACGAGAGAUAUGAUGAGUGUUCUAAGGCAGGUCUGCAAAAAUGCUGAAAUCAACUGCAAAGUUCUUCUCCAAACCAAAUAUUUAUCUCGACUCCAGCAUCAAUGUCUGUCACUUAAUUACAGCACAAAACCCAAAACUGGAAUCCUCAUGCUGAACAUGGGAGGCCCUGAAAACUUGGAUGGGGUCCAGGACUUUCUGCAGAGGUUGUUUCUGGACAGGGACCUCAUGAGCUUGCCGGCUCAAAACCAGUUGGGGCCGUUGAUAGCGAAGCGCAGGACACCCCGCAUCCAAGAGCAGUACUCCAAGAUAGGUGGAGGGUCCCCUAUCAAACACUGGACCUCCAUUCAGGGACAGAGAAUGGUGGAGCUGUUAGACAGAAUCAGUCCUCAAACAGCUCCCCACAAAUACUACGUGGGUUUCCGCUAUGCACCACCCCUUGCUGAAGACUCUAUCGAGGAAAUGGAAAAUGAUGGUAUCGAGAGAGCAAUUGCCUUUACCCAGUACCCACAAUACACCUGCUCCACAACAGGAAGUAGCCUCAAUGGUAUAUACAAGUAUUAUGCACAACGUGAUGCUCCUACGAACAUGCUCUGGAGUGUUAUUGACCGCUGGCCUACACACCCAGGACUGGUCGAGGCUGUGGCAGACAACAUCAAAGAUGCCUUACAACAAUUCUCUCCUGAUGUUCAAAGUGAUGUUGUUAUUCUUUUCUCAGCACAUUCCUUACCACUCAAGGUGGUGGAGAGGGGUGACACCUAUCCAAGUGAGGUGGCUGCUACAGUACAGAGGGUGAUGGAAUAUCUAAAUUUCUCCCACCCAUACAGACUGGUGUGGCAAUCUAAGGUCGGGCCUCUCACAUGGCUCGCCCCUCAGACUGAUGACGCCAUUCGAGGCUUGGUGACACGGGGUCGCAAGAACCUGCUACUUGUUCCCAUCGCAUUCACAAGCGACCACAUUGAGACACUUUAUGAAAUGGACAUGGAAUACAUUGAAGAACUAGGGACUGAGGUUGGUGCUAACAUCAAGAGAUCAAAGUCCCUGAAUGACAGUUCAACUUUUAUUGAGGCCUUGGCUGAUGUCGUGAAGAGCCACCUGGUGUCAGGGAAAUGUGUCUCCACUCAGCUCUCGCUCCGCUGCCCCAGCUGUAUCAACAUCAACUGCAAGAACAUGAGGGAGUUCUUUCAGAGUUAUCAACCCCUACUGGAAGAAUCCCUGAAGGAACCCGACCCCCUCAAGAGACGGGCCUCACAGCUCUCAUGAAACAAUUGUAGCAACAGGACUUAACCUUUUUUUACCUUGAUUAGGGCCUUGAGUCAUGAAAGAUACGUAAUGCUGUAAGGGGCCUCAACCCACAACAGAUCUGUAGAGUCGCACUUAUUGUUACCUGUCAUUAUUGUUAUUAUUCCUCUCUUUAAGGUGGCACGCUGGCAGAAUCGUUAACAUGCUGGACGAAAUACUUAGCAGUAUUUCGCCCAUCUUUAUGUUCUGAGUUCAAAUUCCACCAA